AUGGUCAUGAGAGCCCACACGCCCGGGGUGGCCGGCACAGCUCUCUGGGCAGCAGAUGCCCACUCACAGCCCAGACCAGAGGCGAGCAACACUGAAGCUCCUUACCAGGCUUUGGGCUGCAGCAUCUUCCCCUCCAGCACGGCCCCAGCAGCCAAGCAAGCCGGUGCCACCCUGCAGCAGGAGGAGUGGGGGGACGCCACCCACCCGCUGCUCUUCAUCCAGCUCAACCAGCUGCUUAGCACCUCGGUGGGGCUGGAAUGGAGGGAGACAGCCAGGUGGAUGAAGUUCGAGGAGAAGGUGGAGGAUGGCGGGGAGCGCUGGAGCACGCCCCACGUCCCAGCCCUCCCCCUGCACAGCCUUUUCCAGCUGAGGACAUGCCUGCAGAAGGGGACAAUGCUCCUGGAUCUGGACGUCCACAGUUUCAAGGAAAUAAUCAACAAGGCACUUUCUGAGGAAGCAGAGCUGCAGCCCGAGGUGAGGGAGCGCCUGGCAGAUCUCCUGCUCCGCCAGCCACGGCACCAGCCCACUAAAUCUCUGCUGCAGCUCCUCGCCGAUCUCGGCCUCUCUCUCUGCCGAGGGAAGGCCAAAAGCUGGUCUGAACCCGGAGCCCAGCUCUCUGAAACACCUCUUAAGGAGCAGCUGAGGAACCGAUUUCAGAAGAAGGUCCCACGAGGGGCUGAAGCAGCUCACGUUGCUGUUGGUGAAGUUGAAUUCCUGGAGAAGCCCUUCACCACCUUCAUCCGCCUCAGGCAAGGGGUGGCCCUCGGCUCGCUGGCUGAAGUCUCUCUCCCCAGCAGGUUUCUCUUCAUUCUGCUGGGUCCCCGAGCCAAACUGAAAGCCUACCAUGAGGUUGGCAGGGCCAUGGCCACACUGCUGACAGAUGAGCUCUUCCAAAGGGUUGCUCGGCAGGCUGAGCACCGAGAGGACCUCAUAGCAGGGAUGGAGGCCUUCCUGGAUGAGGUGACUGUGCUUCCUCCUGGGAAAUGGGACCCCAGUGCCCGAAUUCCUCCGCCAAGCUGUCUGCUGUCUCUGCACAGGAGGCCCACCAGGCACCCACCGGAUCAGCAGUCCCACAGCAAUGGGGACAUGGCAGCAGCUGGGGAGCGAGCUGGCCUGGGGCACCCACACUCCAGGGAGGAGCUGGAGAGGACAGGCAGGCUUUUUCUGCUGCGAGACAUCCGGCGGAAGGCACCGUGGUAUGGCAGCGACUUCUCCGAUGCCCUGCACCCCCAGUGCCUCUCGGCAGUGCUCUACAUCUACCUGGCAACAGUCACCAAUGCCAUCACCUUCGGGGGCAUGCUGGGGGAUGCGACUGCCAGCAUGCAGGGGGUACUGGAGAGCUUCCUGGGCACAGCCUUUGCCGGCUCCAUCUUCUGCCUCUUUUCUGGCCAGCCCCUGACCAUCCUGAGCAGCACAGGCCCCAUGCUGGUCUUUGAGCGCCUCCUCUUCUCCUUCAGCCAGGACCACAGCCUGGACUACCUGGAGUUUCGCCUCUGGAUUGGGCUCUGGGUGGCCUUUUUUGGCAUAGUCUUGGUGGCCACUGAGGCCAGCUACCUGGUGCGGUACUUCACCCGCUUCACCGAGGAAGGCUUCUGCGCCCUCAUCAGCUUGAUAUUCAUCUACGACUCCCUGAAGAAGAUGCUGAGCCUAGCGGACGCCUUCCCCAUCAACUGGCAGUACCGGCUCGACAACGUCACCUCCUACAGCUGUGUCUGCAACUUGUCCAGUUCUGGUCACAGCUCCGCAGGGAAUGAUACGCCACUCCCCUCGCUCCUGGCACCUCAGCAGCCUGCUGCCACCCUGGCCAGGCUGAGCAGGACCCAGUGCUUGGAUCGAGGGGGGCACCUCCUGGGGACCAGCUGCCAGUAUGUGCCCGAUGUUACCCUCAUCUCCUUCCUGCUCUUCGGGGGUACCUUCCUUUCCUGCACCAUGCUCAAGUGCUUCAGGAGCAGCCGCUACUUCCCUGCAGGGGUGCGGAAGCUGGUGAGCGACUUUGCCAUCAUCCUGGCCAUCCUCACUUCCUGUGCCAUCGACGCUGCCCUGGGCCUGGAGACCCCCAAGCUCCUUGUCCCCAGUGAGCUGAAGCCCACGAACCCCACACGGGGCUGGAUCGUCUUCCCCUUCGGAGCCAAUCCAUGGUGGGUCUGCCUGGUGUCCGCACUGCCCGCCAUCCUUGUCACCAUCCUCAUUUUCAUGGACCAGCAGAUCACGGCCGUCAUCCUUAACCGUAGGGAGUACAAGCUGAAGAAAGGAGCAGGCUUUCACCUGGACCUCCUCUGUGUCUCCCUCCUGAUGGUGGUCACCUCUGCCACCGGCCUCCCCUGGUAUGUCUCAGCCACUGUCAUCUCCCUGGCGCACAUGGAGAGCCUGAGGAGGGAGAACGCAACCUCAGCUCCUGGCGAGCACCCUGAGUUCCUGGGCAUCAGGGAGCAGAGGCUGACUGGCCUGGCCGUCUUCGUCCUAACGGGGAUCUCCAUCUUCAUGGCACCCAUUCUCAAGCACAUCCCGAUGCCUGUGCUGUACGGUGUCUUUCUGCACAUGGGAGUGGCAGCGCUGAACAGCAUCCAGCUCACAGACCGUGUGCGGCUGCUCCUGAUGCCAGCCAAGCACCAGCCAGACCUCACCUACCUCCGCCACGUGCCCCUGCGCCAGGUGCACCUCUUCACUGUCAUCCAGCUGCUGUGCCUGGCCCUACUCUGGGUCAUCAAGUCCACAGCGGCUGCUAUUAUUUUCCCAGUGAUGCUGCUGGCACUGGUGGGGAUCCGGAAGGGGCUGGAGCGGGUCUUCUCCCUGCACGACCUGAGCUGGCUGGACAGCCUCUUGCCCGAAGCAGCCGGGAAGCAGGCCGAGGGGAAACAGCCCAGCAGUCAGAAGGAGGAGGAAAGCCAUGGCGAGGAGGUAGGUGAUGCCCUGGGUGCUCCGCUCCUUCACAGCCGUCCCCGGGGCUGCUCUGGCGCGGGGGCUGAGCCUGGCCCGAGCUAA